CUUUGGUGACACUUAAUUAAGGGAUUUAGCUAUUUUUAGUUAUUAUAGUUGGCAAUACAGAUGCACAUAACCCUUGUAUUAUAAUCGAACUUUGACAAUAUGACAACAUCAACACUGGCGAGUUAUCACACAUUGCAGCAGAGAAAUAUCCCCGUUUUCAAAAAGAAAACCCUUACUUUAGCAGGUGGAGAAUCUAUCGAUUAUGUCUUGGUGUAUAGAAAAUCCAAGCUGCGAAAUAAUCGCAGGGUACAACAGUUGCAGUACUUUGUUAGAAACCUACAAAGGCUAGGUAUGAUUGCAGAAGGCAAAAAAAUGAGUAUCGAGCCUGAUGUACGAUUUGUUUUGUUGCACGCAAGCGAUAAAAUGCUUUUAGAAUAUGCCACUGCCUUUAAAAUAGAUUUAACAAUGAAUAGUACCCUGUACAAUUACAGAAGUUUGCUAUUUCCGUUUGCGAAAAAUGAGCUAAUAGAUCCGGGAUACUUUAAUCCCAUCAUACAGAGAUCUAAGACAUUUUUGGGUGAGAGACCUACAACACUGACACGUUCGGAAAAAAUAUGUUUUAUAUCCGAAAUACUCAGUAGAAACAGAUUUGGGAGUAAACCGGAAGAAUACGGAAUUAAUACGUUAAAAUCUGAAGGCAUACUUGUUGCGGAAUAUCCAAUGCAUGAGGGUCCGUAUCAAUGGACUGAUCAUGGAUUAUUAAACGACAGACAAUUAUUGUAUGAGUUUUGGGUGCGACCCAAACGAUGGUACAAGGAACAACCGAACAAUAUAAUUGAGACGUAUUUGGGUACGGAGUAUGCUUUUUAUUAUCGUUGGUUGGGACUUUAUACCACGAUGCUAGUGAUACCCGCUCUUGGAAGUAUAAUUGUAAUUAUAUUUGGUUUAAGUACGUUAAACCAAGACGAAGCUAGCAAAGAAAUAUGUGAAAGUACUCACUUGAUGUGUCCAAAAUGUGCUUCGUGCAAGUACGAAUGGGUAAACAGUACUUGUAGUAUUUAUAGAUCAAGUUAUAUUAUAAAUAACAGUGCAACAACCGCUUUUGCUAUAUGUAUAUCAAUGUGGUCGACAAUUGUGGUUGCUUUGUGGUAUAGAAUAGAAGUAACAAGUCAGAUGAAGUGGAAUGUAAAAUUUUUAGAAACUGAUCUGACAAUGCGAAUGGAGUAUAAACAAUAUUCCUACUAUAGAGUUAUUAGUGAUGAUGGAGAACUAGAACCCUACAUACCUUGGUAUUAUUGGAUUAUAAGAACAUCAAUUACAUUCUGUAUUAUGCUUUUAAUGGCGGUAAUCAUAAUUUUAAUAAAUGUCAUUGCCAGAGAUGUUGUUAUAAAAUGGAUGAAAAAUGCACUUCUUGCUGACGAUGGUGUGCCUAUAUAUCCGAUGGAUGCUGGUAAAAAUAAUUUAAUAGCCUUAUUCAUGAGCGCAAACUCACAAGUUGUGGCAAUGAUCAUUUGUCAACAAGUAUAUUACAAAAUAAUUCUUAGUUUAAUAAAAUUGGAAAAUCCUAGAACCGAACUUGAACUAGAUAAUUCGUAUGUUUUUAAAUGUUAUAUUUUGGAUAUUUUAAAUCAUUACACCUCUUUAAUUUACAAUGGUUUUCUUAAGGGAUUAACAUAUGAUUAUCCGAAAACAAAGGAGUACGAAGAAAGUGUGUUUCAUGAAAUGUGUUUCUGUACAACUAAUUGUACUAUGGAAAUGGUAAUUUUACAGUUUACAAUUUGGCUAGUCAGAACUUUUUUUAGAAUUUUCACUAAAUUCAUUAUACCGUCAAUCAAUGUUACACGUGCUUGGAACAAAUAUGGCGUAGGAAGCAAAUAUCCUCAGGAGGAUUUAGACCAAUGGGAACAUGAUUUUCUAUUAAACGCCACUGACAGACAUUUACUGAUGGACGAGUAUUUAGAUACUCUUGUCGAGUAUGGAUACUGCACUUUCUUCAUUUCGGCGUUCCCAAUGGCGCCAAUGUGCGCCUUCGUAACGAACAUAGUGCAUUUAAGGAUCGACGCUUAUAAAACAAUGAUUCUGUAUAGACGACCUAAUUGCAGAAAGAUAGCAAAACUGCCCUGUUGGUCUAAAAUUUUGAAAUUCCACACUUAUUUGGGCAUCACCACUAAUGCAGCUAUGAUCGCUUUUAACACAGACUUCGUUAUUAAGAUAUUUUAUGGAAGAGUGGUCGAUCCAUCUCUGAGGGGAAUUGUGGGCUAUGGACUGACUAAAUUUAACACAAGUAUGGUGUAUUCUUCUGAAAAUUAUGUAGUAAAUGAAACGAUUUGCUAUUUUCCUGGAAUGAAUUACGAUUAUACCAAUGUGAGGACACCUUCUAAUUAUUGGGUGCUUUUCUCAAAAUUCUUAGCUGUUAUUUUAAUUCAGCAUUUUGUGUACAUUAUACAAGCGUUCCUCACAUACAUAAUUCCAGACAUACCUUAUGCGGUAAAGGUUGAGAUAGCAAAUCAACAGAAAAAGAAGCGUGAACAAAACAUGAAAGCUGUUGAGCAACAAAGGAUUUCUGAGAGAAAUAAGGAUCCAGAUCACGAUCGAUUUGAAUUAAUCACAUAAACUGGUUAAGUUUUUUGUUUCAAAUACAUUAACCUUAAAGAAGUUA